GGUUAAUUGAAUGUGAUGGCCACUGCAUUGCAGUGUGUAACUACUGAACUGCGUACAGUUCCCGAGAACCCCUCGAUCACAUGAUCUCGUGCCCGUGUUCGCGCCUGCUAAACGCGUCAACCUCGUGGCAACAAACAGAGCGCGCGAUUUGAGCGCACCACUCUGACUCUUGCAGCUUUCCUCACUCAAGUGCAACCCCCGCUGCAUCGGUACUUGGCUCACACCUUAAGCUGAGAUGCGUUAAAGCCAAGAUCAGUGUAGUUUCUAGAUGUUAGGGCACUCAUGUGUAACCCCGUUUUCCCAUCAUGCCCACGAACAAUGGCGGCAAGAUAUUCGAGUCGUUGAACACGGCGCAACGCCGAGCUGUUAGUUCCGACGCUUCGACCGUCGCGAUUCUAGCAGGACCAGGAAGUGGCAAAACGCACACCCUCACCUCGCGGGUGUGUUGGCUCAUUGACCAUGUCAAGUAUCAACCAUGCGAUAUUCUUGUCGCAACUUUCACGGUCAAAGCCGCUCGUGAGAUGAAGGAGCGCAUAGGGAAAGCCCUGGGCGACGGCCGAGAAAGGAAAAUCAUUCUCGGCACCUUCCACAGCAUAGCUCGGCGCUAUCUCGCCGCAUAUGGUCAGAAGAUUGGCUUGGACCCCAAAUUCGGUAUUGCUGAUGAUUCUGACUCGAGGGGUAUCGUCACCCGAAUCUGUAAGAGAUUGGACGUUCAGCUUGAGGUGCCCAAGGCUCGAGCUUAUAUCAGCAAGAAGAAAGCCGGAGGGUCAUUGGAUAAUGGGCCAGACAAGAAGAACAAAGACAAGUCUGUCGAAUCAAGAGCUUACGAGACUUGCUACCAUGAGUAUCAGCACCAGCUGGAACGUUCCAAUCUUUUAGACUAUGACGACCUCCUAGUCCGUUGCGUUGAGCUUCUUCGCAAAUAUCCAUCAUGUGUCUCAAAUAUUCGGGCAGCCUUGAUCGACGAGUAUCAGGACACCAACGGCAUUCAGUACGAGCUUAUGAAAUUGUUUGCGCAGUAUCAUAGACAUAUCACCAUCGUUGGAGACCCUGACCAAAGUAUAUACGGAUGGCGGUCAGCGGAGAUCAAGAACCUGCAUCGUUUCCUGCGGGACUUUCCUGGUACCGACGAGGUGUCGCUUGAAGAAAACUAUCGUUCAUCGAGCUCUAUUUUGGACAUCUCUCUGAAGGUUAUUCAGCAAGACCAAGAACGUUACCAGAAGGUCCUCCUCCCGGUCCACGAGAAAGCAACCCGUCCCGUACUUCGCAAACUGAAGAACCAAAUGGACGAAGCAGACUGGAUAGUGUCGGAGAUCAAACGUGUCAAGUCAGUGUCGGGGGAUAUGAUCAACGCCGAUGAUAUUGCUAUCCUCUUGAGAUCAGCAUCCCUUUCGAGGCACGUUGAGAGUGCUUUAGGGAGAGCUGGUAUACCUUACCGCAUGGUUGGUGGGUUCAAGUUCUAUGAACGGACCGAGAUCAAGAUCAUCCUGGACUAUCUGCGCCUUAUUCACCACCCUGACAACAACGACGCUGUUGCGCGUGUGAUCAACGUGCCUAGGCGAGGCAUUGGUCCUGACACAAUCAAGUCGCUGAUCGAGGAGGCCGAGCGUAAUUCUCUUAGCGUUUGGAGUCUACUUGUCAAGCAUUGCCGGGGUGAUCGUGCCGCAAAGACGAAUAUCAGGAACCAAACCGAACAAAAAAUAAGUGGCGACUUCUUCAAGAUAAUCAACGGCGUCCGAAUGCGGCUUCGAGAACCUAAGGAUGGUGCGUGUAUCGAUCUCGUUGAAGCGAUUGAGCAACUGCUUCGGGAUUUGCAAUUUGAGAAAUAUCUUGAAGACACUUGUCCACACGACCAUGAAGCGCGAUGGGCCAAUGUUCAAGAGUUUGUUGGACUAGCUGGGGAGUUUAUGAAGGAUCAGGUCCUUGCCGAAGAGGACAUGUUACCAGACGUCGAGGGUAUACAGCAACAUCAAAACGAUGAUGUGCUCGCACGCUUUCUAGCGAACGUGUCUUUGGCAUCCGACAAGCAGACAAACGACAAGGAUCAAGAAAGCAAACCAAUGGUCACUGUCUCGACGAUACACGCUGCAAAAGGAUUGGAGUGGCCUAUCGUCUUCAUUCCUGGGGCCUAUAAGGGUUCAAUACCGCACGCUAGAUCUGAUGAUGACGCUGAAGAGCGACGACUUCUUUACGUUGCAAUGACUCGGGCACAGACACUCCUCUACCUGAGCUAUCCUCUGUACAGCUCGAAUGGUGAUAGCAGCAGUCUCGAGAUCUCGCCUUUCAUCGAACAACUCGCAUCCAAUCAUUUCCUACGGCAAGGUCCGUCAUUUGAUAGACGGAUUAUGUUGCAGAUCGCAAAGAUCCUACGACGUGAACUACCACCUGAGGCCACAAUAUACAAGAACAUGCCCAUCUUUAAUCCAAUAGAGGACAAUUUGUUCCCCAUUGACCCGAACGAACCACGGCAACUCUCCCGUUCGUCCAGUGACACCACAAAUUUGCAAAAUGGUAACAAGCGACGGAAGACACAACACACGAGCAGCAGUGCAAAUGUUAUACCAGAGUCGGUGGAAGGCUGGAACGCGCCAUAUGCUACGACUAUGCAGCGAUCUACUUCAUUUACAUUGCCGGGGUUCACCACCGCCAAUGCUCAGCAUGUUGCAGAGGUCGCCGAAGGACUUAGCUUGACCUCGAAACCUAUGGCGCCUGUAUCCAAGGUUAGCACAAAUAGACGGCCACCGGGCCAGAGAAGUCUCCUUGGAUUCGUGGUUAAAGAGCAUGAUCAGUCCAAGGUGGUUGAACAACCAAAAGCUGCUCAGCAACAGUCCAGACCACAAGAUCAUUUGCCUAAACAGUAUUUGCUACCAACGCAGAGGCUUGUAAAACAACAAGAGAGCAUCAAGCCCGAACUAUCUGGCCAUAAACUAAACCCCACCCGAAUUCUGAGCAAGCCACCACAGCCAAGGCGUGAAGAACCCGUGGCAACAAAACAGUACUCCUGUUUCUCUAGUUCACCAAGCAAACCUGCCCCCGAAGAUGUCCCAGAAGCUCAAGACGUAGAAAUGCCAUUGGCCGAGGAAUACACCCGCCCAGCAAUCUCAUUUCAUGCGACUACAGUCAAUGUCCCUCAGGCUAUGAGAGGGUUUAAGAGACCAGCUGGGCUUAGUAGGGAAGGAAUGGCGCCUAUUGAUCGCCUGAGAAAGCCCUUCAAACCGCUGACGAUCAACCGACAAGGAAAGUGAUACCUUUUAGUCCAACAGGUACAUGUCACGGCAUACGAUUUUGCUCAUGAAGUUGGUAAAGUUCUGGUAGAUGUGCAAGAUGCUAAUGAUUAAUGACCAUUGUUACGUUCCUA